UUUUCACGUGGAAGAAUCGAUCGUUACCCCUAAUCCUGGCCAAGACAAUGCCGAAAGAUUAUCUACCUAAACUACCUUUGCCCAAUACUACUCGUCCAUAGGACUAGUAAUUUGUACCGUAAAAAACCCCAAUAACCGAGUGGGUUGAAAAGAGAGAGGAUUCCGGUCCGUGGAAUCCCUAGUUUUCCAGUCCUCAAUCUCGAAUUCAGCCGCCGCCGCCGAUGGAAGAUAGCCCUCGCCCUGCUCUGCGGCGGCCGGCCGGUGUCGACCACAUGUUCACCGAUGGGGCCUGGGCCAGGAUGAGCGAGGACACACAGCGUCGGAUCAUCGCGAUCUGGGAGCGCAAGGAAGAAACGCCCACCCGAAAGAACCGCCGCAUCCGCAAUGACCCCAUCCUCGGCCCCGGCAGUAUCAAGUACCCCUCUCAAGUUUCCAAAUUGUCCUUGUCCAGGGACAUACUAAAAUCCAAGGGUUACAUAUGGAUCGAAGACCAUAGCAUGGACGAACCCCCAACAGAUCUGCUGUGUCCAAAGAGAUACACUUCCUGUGACUCCAAGAACAGAUGCUUACAUACCCCUCUCCCCAUGCUUCAGUUCAUCGAUGUUGUGGUCAAAUUCUUCACGGAAAAUCGCCGGUGCGUCGAUUUCAUGCGUGACAAUGGGAUACACUCAAAGAUGGAUGUCUAUGGCAUGGUUGCUACAAGGGAUACUUUGGACUUUUCGCGCAACUAUAUUUUCAAUUGUUCCAGAGAGAAUGCUCAAGCUAUUGACAAGGAAGGAGGCUAUUUACGUCUGAGGAGCCCUGCAAGAGGAAUACUUGCGACCGCCUGCUUGAUUGAAAUGGAUCUAUGGGCCAAGGCAAAAACGGGAGGUAAAGACUUGAAGAUCAUUGCUGGUGGUCUGCAAGCACUUUCGAAGUUUGAGCCCUGGAAACUAAACCAUGUUCUUGGCCUAAACGGUGCAAUCAUAUUUGAAUCAUAUGUUGCUCCUAAAGGUGUGGAGGCGACCAUCGAGCUGGAUUUCAUUGAAGUGCCGGCGGGUGGCUUUCAUGUGCGACGCAUGGGUGGCACCACCGUCCUCUCGCGAAUUUCCUACUCCUUCAUCGACAACGAGCGCCGCCGCGACGCGGUCGGUUUAAUAUCAACGACGGGGAAGCACGGUCAGAGAUUUGUGGUGGCCGUGGAUCUAGGGGAUACGCUGCGUAUAGACUUCAUGGAGAAGAGGCGACGCGUUGACGUCCUCUUGUUCUCGGCGUCCAAGCACGGGGAUGAGCGGCAGCUGUAUCGGUUUAAUAAUGGUGCGCUAGUCUCUGUGCAAGUCGUCUGGUCAACCAUAUUAUAUGACACAGACUGGGAAAAUGAGUAGAAUUUUUCAAGGCA